AUGCACUCCUCCUUCCCAUUCACGUUCAGCGCGCCGGCCGCAUACCCCUCGCAGGACCCUGACAGUUCUGGCAUGGACACACUCGACCUAUACACGCGGUCUAGUAGCCCGGACCCCUUCUACGACUGGUUCGACCUCGACCGCUGGGCCGCCGACAAUGGUGUCGCUCGCUCCUCGAGCGACAUCGCAUCCGACGCGCCCGACGCGUCGAACGCGUACGCCUACUCAUACGAGGACAUGGCGAACGCGUACUACGCGUCCCAAGACGCGCUGGCACCACCUUUCGACGCGUUCGCGCCCUCCGUCACGUCCACCUCCGAGGCGUGUGGCUGGGACAGUCGCGACCACGUGACUCUCGGCCCGGACGGCCCGGAGCCCUUCCCAUAUCCGUUCGUCAACCCGGGCGACAUUUGCGACGUCGUUCCGUUCUUCCCGCCCAGCGCAUCGCAGCUCGGAGACGACGAUGAAGACGAUGAAGACGACGAUGUCGAGGCGCUGGAGCCCGAGGAGCCCGUCGCUGAGGAGGAGCCCGAUUCUGACGACUCCUUGGCGCAAGUCGAUGCAUGGCUCGCAAGUCUAUCGGCUGAACCAGUGGCGAUUGUGGAGGAGCCAGUCAUCGAGCCGGAAAUCUUGCUGAAGCCCAGUGCCCCGCGUUCAUGCAAGCGCAAGCGGCCCGACCACAACGACGCCGACAUCUUCCCCACGCCACCCAAGAAGUGCGCGCGCGGUGCGCGUCGCUCUACCCCCCAUACCCCCGCCCGCCCCAGCCCCUCCUCCCUCGCCCGCUCCCAAUCGCCCGCGCUCGACAAGUCCACGAUCCCGAAAGCGAUCGUCGUCGCCCGUACCGAGUUCCCCUGCCCAAUGCGCGGCUGCGGCGAGCCCCUCGAAACGAAGGACUCCGUCUGGCGGCAUCACUUCCGGCGAGCACACCACGCGGAGCUGUGCAGCGAGAGCGCGUGUGCGGUGAGCGGGAGCUGCGAGCGCCGCUGUCCGCUGCCAAAGGAGAACGGGAGCCCCUGCGACAGCAAGUGCAUGACGGUGGAUAGCCUUGGGCGGCAUGUGUUGAACUCGCACCUUGGGGUUCAGUACCGGUGCCCGGUGUGUGGGGAGCAGAGGCAGCAGCGGCAGUAUGCGGCGGAUCGGCACGUCAGGAUGUGCUUCAAGAAGAGUUUGGAGGCGGGGCGGGCGUGAGCUUGGGGGAUGUGGGGCGGCGAACGGGGCGGCUGAGGGCUGCCAAGACGCAAAAGGAACAGCCGGAAGGCACACUAUGCGACUAACUUACUGUACUGCAUUGCCAGCGGCCCGCCACUCUUCGUCUUUACGGCGGGUCUGCGUUCUCUUGGGAUGUAGGAGCGAUUUGUUGUACCACUAGCUGAUUGUUGUAACAGCCGUACGCGCUGAACUUAAU